AUGAGAUCCGUGAGCCCGGGAAAAACGCACGAUCCACCAGGUAGCAAUGGCCUUGGAGGGCGGUGCUGGCAUUGGCAAUGGCAUAAUCAAGCGGCCGCCGCAGAAUUGCUCGGUCGCCGUGGAGACGGCCGGUCACCGCGCCGACGGGGAGACCGAGGAGGAGGACGAAGGAAAGCCAUGGAUCGCGAGGAAGUGGAUCUCGUCGCUUGCGGUUUGCCUCGUCGCGCUGCCGUUCCUGGCGAUCAUGGUUAGCCGGCGAGACAGGCCGUUGCCGCUCGCGUCCGGCUGGACAUCCGCGGCGACGGCAAGGACGACGUACGACCGCCGAGAAUCCAAUCAGGACGGGCUCCUCGGAGGCCUGCUUGUCCCCUGGUUCGACGAACAAUCGUGCAUCAGCCGGUACCAGUCCACCUCCCACCUCAAGAAGCUGGCGCGCUCGCCGUCGACACACCUCGUGAAGCGGCUGCGGGAGCAGGAGGCGCUGCAGAGGCGGUGCGGCCCGGGCACCGAGACAUACCGGCGAGCGGCGGAGCGGCUGGAGCCCCGACGAAACGGCACUGGCACAACCCAUGCUGAGGACGACGACGAUUGCAAGUACCUCGUGCUGGUGCCUUACCGGGGCCUAGGGAACCGGAUACUGGCCAUGGCCUCGGCGUUCCUCUACGCCAUGCUCACCGACCGCGUGCUGCUGGUCCACAGAGGGACCUCGCUGCCCGACCUCUUCUGCGAGCCGUUCCAGGAGACGUCGUGGCUGCUGCCACCGGACUUCCCGCUCAGGGACCUGGAGAACCUGACCGGCGAGGUGCCGGAGAGCUACCGGAACCUGGUGCGGGAGUACGGCCGGGCCGCGUCCGUGUCCGAGCUCCCCUACGUCUUCGUCGACCUCGACCACGCCUGCACCUACCAUGACAAGCUCUUCUACUGCGACGACCACCGGGAGUUCCUCCACCGUGCGCCGUGGCUGGUGAUGAGGACGGACGGCUACUUCGUGCCGGCGCUCUUCCUGAACCCGGCGUACCAGGAGGAGCUCGACAAGCUGUUCCCGCGGAAGGACUCGGUGUUCUACCUCCUGGCGCGCUACCUCUUCCACCCGACGAACAAAGUGUGGGGACUCAUCACCAGGUUCUACGAUUCGUACCUGAAAAAUUCGGACGAACGGCUGGGCAUCCAGGUGAGGGUGUUCGACGGCGACACGCCGUUCAAGCACGUCCUGGACCAGAUCCUCGCGUGCACCUCGCAGGAGCAUCUGCUGCCCGAGGUGGUGGCGCAGGACCCUGGCCCGCCGGCCUCGACCGCCGGCGCGCGGUCCAAGGCCGUCCUGAUGACCGGCCUGAGCUCAUGGUACUUCGAGAGCAUCCGGGGGAGGUACUGGCAGUCGGCCACGGCCGCAGGCGAGGUCGUGAGCGUGCACCAGCCCAGCCACGAGGAGCACCAGCUCAUCGGCGAGGCCACGCACGACAUGAAGGCGCUGGCCGAGAUGUACCUGCUCAGCAUGACCGACGCGGUCGUCACCAGCGGCUGGUCCACGUUCGGCUACGUCGGCCACGGCCUCGGCGGCCUCACCCCGUGGAUCAUGUUCAAGCCCGAGAACCUCACCACGCCCGACCCGCCGUGUCGCCGGGCCGCCUCCAUGGAGCCGUGCUUGCACGGGCCUCCCUUCUACGACUGCAGGGCCAGGCGCGGCGCCGAUACCGGAAAGCUUGUGCCGCAUGUCCGGCACUGCGAAGACAUGAGCUGGGGGCUGAAACUUGUUCACCCGGCCGAAAUAGUACUUAACUGAAUGGGCCAUGUAAAAUGAAAAACACUCGGAUCACAAAUUGACAAUGAAGAUCUUACUCCGUACGCAAUUAGGCAUGUCAUUACCCCCUCGAUAUAAAAGAGGUAAUUGCCCAUUGGUGCUAAAACUUUGAUCACUUUAGUGCUAAA